AUGGAUCUCGAAGCCGCAGCAGCGUUCCAACGAAUUGCUGUGAAGAGAGGAAUCAAGAUCUCCAAGCCUCCUUCUCCUCUUGCUGCACCUACCUCACCAACUCCCGCAAUCGUGGAGCUCAUCGCGUUCGAGAAGAAGUGCCAAGAGAAGGGUAUUGCAAUCUCGGAGCCACAAACCCUGGGUUUGAAAGUGAAGGUCAACGAGGUAGAGGCAGAGUUCAAGAAGGAGAUCCGCCCCAUUGAUUCGGAGAGUAUGUUCAGCAAGGCUUGUGUGGGAAGAGGAAUCAGGAUUGCGAAGCCGACGCCAAUCUUGGAGGGAGAGGUAGAGGUCAAGAUGGAUGUUCGUGCCAUUGAACCUGAGAAGAUGUUCAGCAAGGCUUGUGAGGGUAGGGGCAGUAAGAUUGCAAAGGAUACAGAGGUGAUUGAGGAGAGUGAGGGCAAGAAGGAGGAAGCAGCUGUUGGCGGAAAAGCUACGAACGCUGCUGGCGAACAAGAAACGGAAGUCAAGUCUUCAUUCGAGAGUGCUUGUCUGAACACAGGUAUCCGAUUCUCGAGUGUCGUGGAAGAGGAAAAGACCGAGGACAAGGAGGAGCCAAAGUCUGCCUUUGAGGUUGCUUGCUACAACAAAGGCAUCCGAAUUGCGAAGUCCGCUGCCGACGCGAAGAAUACGUCUCUAACCUAUACUGGACAGCUAUCUGGUGCAAAAUAUGAAGAGAUGUGCAAGGAAUUCGAAAAAGCUUCCAUUGAAGUCCUGCCUCAACUAAGCAUGGGCACUGGAUUUUCCAGCACAGAAGCUUCUAUUAUUAAGCCAUUAACCAAGUUUACCGUCUUCUCUGGCCUCCCUUACGAAUUGAAAGCCGAAAUCUGGAAAUUUUCAUGUUUUCCCCAAAUUAUCAUCUGUGAUGAUACGACAACUAGAACGAGAGCUCCUUCUGCUGCCAAGGUCCCGGUCAUCUUGCAUGUUUGUCGACAAAGUAGGGAGGAGGGUUUCAAGCAUUAUAAGACGAGGAUCGAGCUUGCUAGAGGGAAUAAUAAGGGAGAUAGGUAUGUGUAUGUUAACUAUGAAGCAGAUCUCUUUCAUACGAACGUCGACCUUCAUCCGACAAGGCUCAUCAUCGGCUCAAGGCAGCAUCCAGCGACCAUACCAGUGCUGAAACUUGCGUGGUCUCAGCCAAUCAAGCGCUUUGGUCUUUGUCUUUCCAAGGCCUACAACUAUAUUCGAAGCAUUACGGCUCACCACGCACUUUCUCAACCAUUGCCGAUUCUCUGGCUCCUGUUCCGAGUCCAGUUUGCUUCAGUGCUUGAGUUUGUCGUGGUUAUCGACACCGGCUACUUGCUCGAAUUCUUACUCGAGCCAAACGAUGAGCUGGUUGAAGCGAAUUAUCAGAACAUGCUGGAUAAGGGAAAUGAGCCAAAAGAAACAUUGAAAAUGAUGCAAAGAAUCUCGCAGAGUUUGAAGGAUAUGCAAGUUAAGGGAGAAUUUCUGAAUCUGAAGCUCACUUUCAAAAAAGUGAUCGAGGGCUCAAGAUUUCGCAACGAUUAA